CAGGGCUCCAAUCAGAAGGCUGAGAUAACAGAAGGCCCAUGGCCACCUGGGGCCCAGGGUGAGUGAACCUUGCCCCAUGCCUGUCACAGCCACUGCCGUCCUUGACCACACCAUGGGGAGCCCGGCGCAACUCAGGCUGCUCUGUGUUGUCCUGGCCAGCCUCCUGCUCCCUGGGAAAGGUGUGUUUAUUAACCGGGAACNUGCCAACAAUGUCCUGGCGAGGACUCGGAGGGCAAACUCAUUUUUUGAAGAGUUCAAGAAAGGAAAUCUAGAAAGAGAGUGUAUGGAAGAAAUUUGUUCUUANGAAGAGGUCCGUGAAAUCUUCGAGGACGACGAGAAGACGAAAGAAUACUGGAACAAAUAUAAAGACGGCGACCAGUGCGAAAGCAGCCCUUGCCAGAACCAAGGAGCGUGUCGAGANGGCAUCGGGGGUUACACGUGCACCUGCUCGGAGGGAUUUGAAGGCAAAAACUGUGAGCUCUGUAAGUCCCUCUGCUUGNUGGGCCUUCGGAUCAUAGACCCCAAGCCUUUCGAACCACANGACCAAGUAGCCAUAGCAGCAACCCCACUCUUGCUGUGUUUUACUGAUAUUUACUACCUCUGUGGUCCUAUUCUUUUAGCUCCCUUCCCCUGUGGAAAAAUCACUACAGGACGUAGGAAGAGGUCUGUGGCCCUAAACACCAGCGACAGUGAGCUUGACCUUAAAAGGUUAUUUGAGAGUCCCUGGAGAGCGCAAAUAGCCUACUCAGCAUGGCAUGGCCUUACUCGGGCCAUAGAUGGUUUGCAGACAAUUCUGUUCUGGUCACAGGCUCUGCUCAUUAACGAAGACAAUGAAGGGUUCUGUGGGGGCACCAUCUUGAAUGAGUUCUACAUCCUCACCGCUGCCCACUGUCUCCAUCAGGCCAGGCGAUUCAAGGUGAGGGUAGGGGAUCGGAACACAGAGAAGGAAGAAGGCAACGAGAUGGUGCACGAGGUGGACGUGGUCAUUAAGCACAACAAGUUUCAGAGGGACACCUACGACUAUGAUAUCGCCGUGCUGAGGCUGAAGACUCCCAUCACGUUCCGCAUGAANGUAGCCCCUGCCUGCCUGCCUCAGAAAGACUGGGCUGAGUCCACACUGAUGACACAGAAGACGGGCAUCGUAAGCGGGUUUGGGCGCACGCACGAGAAGGGCCGCCAGUCGAACAUCCUGAAGAUGCUGGAGGUGCCCUACGUGGAUCGCAACACCUGCAAGCUCUCCACCAGCUUCAGCAUCACACAGAAUAUGUUCUGUGCGGGCUAUGAGGCCAAGUUAGAGGAUGCCUGCCAGGGGGACAGUGGUGGCCCCCAUGUCACACGGUUCAAAAACACCUACUAUGUGACCGGCAUUGUCAGCUGGGGAGAGGGGUGUGCAAGGAAAGGGAAAUAUGGCAUCUACACAAAGGUCACGACCUUCCUCAAGUGGAUUGACAGGUCCAUGAAAGCCAGGGUGGGACCCACAGCCGAGACCCCAAGGACAGCAAGUCCGCCCAAUUAAAGCAGCUUCUCUAGUCCUGCUGGGUCA